CCCAAUCAGGGGCGGCACCUGUGGCGGUUCAUCCAUUCAAAUUAGCGGUUGGAAACAAAACAAAACCAAAAAAAAAAAAAACAAAAAACCAAAAACAAGCGAACAACGCAGCAGCAGGUCAGGAUUUAGUCCACGCUUUUGUGCUUUUCCCCCAGUCAAGUCGGGCCUCACUUUUACGGUGAUACGAAGCUAAAGUGAGCCGAUUUUCAUCCCCCCAUCGUUCGCGUAAUGGACGAAAUGAAGCUUGUGAGCCACCAGCAGGUUAGCCAGCUGUUCCACAACAAAUUCAUUGUGGUGGUGGGAGACUCCAUUCAGAGGUCCGUCUACAAAGAUCUUGUCCUGCUUUUACAGAAGGACGAAUACCUCAGCGUGGGACAACUUAAAAGAAAGGGCGAAAUGAGCUUCGAACAGGACUGGCUGGUGGAAGGAGGUCGCCUGGGCCAAAUGCACAACGGGACGGGGUACCGGGAGGUCCGGCAGUACCGGUCCGCCCACCAUUUGGUCCGCUUUUACUUCGUGACGCGGAUCUAUUCGGAGUACACGAAGAGCAUCAUGGAGGACUUCCGCCACGGGUUGAAACCAGAUUUGCUCAUAGUCAACUCUUGCGUUUGGGACAUAUCAAGGUACACUUCAGAGUGGGUGGACAAGUACAGGGACGACCUCAAGAUGUUCUUUAAAGAACUGCUCGGGAUCCUGCCGAAGGAAAGCUUGGUGAUCUGGAGCCUCGCCAUGCCCCUGGGAGAGCGCAUCAAAGGGGCGUUCCUGGUCCCUGAGAUUUCCCACAAAGCUCCGAAUCUGCGUCGCGACGUGAUCGAAGCCAACUUCUACAGCGGAGUCCUGGCCGCCGCCUCCCAGGUGGACGUGCUGGACCUCCACUUCCACUUCCGCUUCUCCCUGCGGCAUCGCACCGACGACGGCGUCCACUGGAACGCCCUGGCCCACCGCCGGAUAAGCACCCUGCUGUCGCUCCACGCCGCCGACGCCUGGGGCGUCGACCUGCCGCUUCUUUCUCUCGAGGACGUUCCCGUUGCUCGCCAGCUGCCGGACCGGGAAGGUUUUCCCGAACGUGUCGCGUGGCCUCACCCUCCCUUUGAAAGUAAGCCAGCGCCGCUGCCGUACUGGCGCAGGGACGACGCUUUCAGCGCGCCGUACUGGCGCAGGGACGACGCUUUCAGCGCGCCGUACUGGCGCAGGGACGACGCUUUCAGCGCGCCGCACUGGCGCAGGGACGACGCUUUCAGCGCGCCGCACUGGCGCAGGGACGACGCUUUCAGCGCGCCGCACUGGCGCAGGGACGACGCUUUCAGCGCGCCGCACUGGCGCAGGGACGACGCUUUCAGCGCGCCGCACUGGCGCAGGGACGACGCUUUCAGCGCGCCGCACUGGCGCAGGGACGACGCUUUCAGCGCGCCGCACUGGCGCAGGGACGACGCUUCCAGCGCGCCGCACUGGCGCAGGGACGACGCUUUGAGCGCGCCGUACGACGUUAACCCUCGCCCACUUCCAAACGGUUACGACGGCCCCCGCCCCUACGCGAUGAGGACGCGGCACGCCAGCCGCCGAUACGUGCCGUAUGCUCGCCACGUGCCCGAUUUCUAUUAAGACUUGGAACAAGGUGGACUGUUAGUCCACUUCCGUUCCAAUGUGUUCUGCACAAAGGGUUCCAUUUGUGGUCGGUUCUCCACUUCAAUUGGUUUGAGUUUUAUUGCUGAAGUAUUGCUCAUUGUUUUCAAAUGUGCUCUUCGUAUUAAAGUGUUAUUGCAUUCUGAAUUAAUUUCUGAUUUACAUUUAUAACAGGACCGAGGGAACUAUAGAGGAAUAAAGUUGAUGAGCCACACAAUGAAGUUAUG